AAAAUGUCAAACGUGGCCAAACGUCACUUUGACACAUGUAACAUGUAAGAUGUAAACAAAACUCGUUAAUCCUUCGAAAUUCCUCAAUUUCUCACAAUGGAUAACGCAAGUGGCCACACGAUGAACCUCGCCAACAGCAUCAUCGGCGUGAGCAUCCUCGCAAUGCCCUAUUGCUUUAAACAGUGCGGUAUCCUCUUAUCAGUGCUCAUCCUUCUAACCAGCAGCAUCAUAUCCCGUCUCGCGUGCCACUUUUUGCUCAAAUCGGCCAUAAAAGCCCGCCGUAAAACCUUCGAGUUCCUCGCAUUUCACGUUUUCGGAACUUUGGGCAAAUUCUCGAUUGAAAUCGGGAUGAUAGGCUUUCAGUUAGGCGCCUGUGUGGCGUUUUUCGUCGUUAUGGGGGAUCUGGGCCCGGCCAUAGUCUCCGAAAUGACGGGGGCUGUCGUCGGGAGCGCCCUCCGAAACAGUAUUUUGAUCGCUCUUGCCGUGUUUUGUGUGCUCCCGCUGGGGCUGCUGCGCAACGUUGAUAGCUUAAACGGGGUCUCGAAGGCCACGGUGGGGUUUUAUUGCUGCUUGGUGCUCAAAAUUGUAGUCGAGGCUUUGCCCCACAUUUUCACCGGCGAUUGGGUCAGCGAGGUGGUGAUCUGGCGCCCGGCGGGCAUCCUCCAGUGCUUGCCCAUCUUUUCCAUGGCGCUCUCAUGCCAAACGCAGUUGUUUGAGAUUUAUCAAGCUAUACCGAACGCUUCUUUGGAGAAAAUGAACAGUUUGAUAAAAAUUGCAGUGAAUAUCUGCACAUGGGUUUACAUUUUUGUUGGUGCGUUUGGUUAUAUUGCGUUUUUUCAAAAACCGUUCACUGGAAAUGUUUUACUGAGCUUCAAACCGUCCAUCACUAGUGACGUUAUCAAAAUGGGUUUUGUCUUGUCACUAGCUUUUAGUUUUCCUUUGGUCAUAUUCCCCUGCAGGGCCAGUCUCUACUCUCUUCUGUACAAAGGGCCCUACACAAGUCUACAUGAAGGGGCCCCGACUAACUAUAUCCCAGAAGUGAAGUUUAAAAUGUUAACAGUAAUAAUAGUUACAGUCUCGUUAGUAAUCGGAAUAAUAAUUCCAAACAUAGAAUUAGUAUUGGGUCUAGUAGGCUCAACCAUAGGUGUCAUGAUUUGUGUGAUAUUCCCCGUCACUUGUUUUAUCUGUAUUUCCCCGAAAAACACAAACGAACGGAUUUUAGCCCAGAUUAUGCUUUUUGUGGGCGUAAUCGUCAUGGUUCUAGGAACAUAUGCAAAUUUGUACGCUUUUGAGGAGGCUAAACUCAACAUUGUGACUGAAAAAAAUCCUCCUCAGCCUGAAAUAAUCAAACCUCAAGUCAUACAACCUGAAAAACCUGUGGUCAUCGAUAUACCAACUACCAUUAAGGUAAUCGCAAGUGAAGAAAAGAAGAAGAAACCUCCUGAUGAAGUUGUGGCACCGCUUGAAGAAGAGAAGAAAGUUGAAGUGCGCCAUGAACCACCACAACCUGAAGCACCGCCUGAAGAAAGAGUGAAAGUUGAAGAAGUGCGUCAUGAGCCGCCUCAACCUGAAGAACCGCCAGAAACGCCAAAACCGGUGGAAGAAAAGAAGAUCGAAGAUAAGGGGGAUAAGCAGGGACCGGUGGUCGAGCCGGUGCAGCCGCCUGAAGAGCCAAAAAAGAAUGAAGAAGUUGACAUUGAAGCAAUCAAGAAGGAAGAAACAGAACUGAAGGAAGAAGAAGAUAAGAAAGCGAAAGAUAGUAACCAGAUUUUGAUUGAUACGAUUCAGAAGCAGAAUGAGGUUCAGAAAGAAAUGGUGGAGCAGCAGAAGAAAUUGAUUGAAGUGAUCCAAAAGCACCAAGAGAUUGUCCAGAAUAAGGAUAUAGAUAAAGUGAAUGAAGAAAAAGUGAAAGCUGUGAAACAGAUUGAGAGUAUUGCGAGGAAAGCAAUCGAAAGUAUCAGUGGGCAAGAUGCCAAGCUUGUUCUUCCGAAGAAAGAAGUAAAAGAAGAAGAAAAAGUACCGGAACGUGUUAAAGAAACUCCAAAAGUAGAAGAAACGAAGCAAAAGACUGAAGAUAAAUUGGCUGAUAAAGUCGAGGAGAAGAAACAAGUAGUUGAAGAAAUCAAUCUAGUGAAGAACGAGACUAGCAGUAUAAAAAUGGUGCCUCUUCCGAUAGCCCUCGCGAAAGCAAAUAAUGUCACAUUGGAAAAUAAAGUUUCCGAACAGAAGGAAACUCCGGCCAAACUCAAUAAAGAAUCAGAAAUAAAAAAUAUGAGACGGGAUAUUUUAUCGGACAAUGACGAAAACAAAGCAAGGGUUAAAAGAGAAGUAGCUGAAGAGAAAAUCGAUAAAUUGAAUAAAGCAAUGAAAGAAGUUUGCAAUGAAAUGAAUAAGUUGACAAGUACUGAAAAACCUCUUAUCAAAAUGUUAUGCAAACUUUCCGAACCUGAAUUGGUCCAAGCGGAUGUGGGGCUUGACCAGAAUGGGAAAUUCCAAGAUGUGAAGCCCCAAAAACGUGACUUGAAACAAUUUAGUGAAAAAUGAGCUGUGAUGUUGUGGCCUGACUGAGUAUCAGUAUUGUAUAUUUAUGUAAAUAUAUGAGUAUUAAUUUA